CAGGCUGACGCUGUGCUCAUUGUCGAUCCUGUUGUUCGAUGUCACAUCAAAGAUCAGUGCGAGUGAUUGUGAGAUUAUCUUCGCUGUCUUUUGUUCACAGAUUCGUUUCAGAAACCCACAAUUUCCCUGAAGCCAGAUUCUCGGAUGUUUGUGAAAGGAGAAAGCGCUGAGAUCUCGUGUUCUGGGAAUUAUCCUGGCAGCAAAUUCACUUUCUACAGAGACGGCAAGAUUAUCAAAUCAGAACUAGCGCCAAAGAUUCAUAACAUGGUCACAUUCACCCCAUCGGAGAUCAGCGCAGGACAUUACUGGUGUGAAUAUAUUGAAUCAAUGGACGGACGAGAGCGCACAUCACCAGAGAGCGAACGCGUGGGAAUCUCUGUAUUGGAUCCGCUCCAGAAAGCCACCAUUUCCGUGAAGCCAGAUUUCCUGGUGUUUGUGAGAGGGGAAAGCGCAGAGAUCUCAUGUGCUGGGAAUUAUCCUGGCAGCAAUUUUUCUUUAUACCGAGACGGAGAGCUUAUCACAUCACAACCAGCUCUAGAGAAUAACCACACGGCCAUAUUCACCCCAUUGGAGAUCAGGGCAGGAAAUUACUCGUGUAAUUAUAAAAAACACGUAGACGGCCGAGAGUUCAUAUCACCAGUGAGCGACCGAGUUGGAAUCUCUGUGUGGGGUCCGCUCCAGAAUCCCAACAUUUACCUGCAGUCAGAUUCCGAGGUGUUUGUGAGAGGCGAAAGUGCUGUUAUCUCAUGUUCUGGGAAUUAUCCAGGUAGCAAUUUCUUUUUCUUCAGAGAUUGCGAGUUUAUCAGGUCACAAACAGCUCCAGAAUAUAGCCAUACAGCCACAUUCAACCUAUCGGAGAUCAUUGCAGGAAACUACACGUGUUUUUAUAUUUCGAACAUAGAAGGACGUGAAUUCACAUCACCGGAGAGCAACCGAAUGGGAAUCUUUGUGUGGGAUUCGCUCCAGAAACCCAACAUUUCCAUGAAACCAGAUUUCCGGUGGUUUGUGAGAGGGGAAAGUGCUGAGAUCUCGUGCUCUGGGAAUUAUCCUGGCAGCAAUUUCUCUUUAUACAGAGACGGUGAAUUUAUCACAACACAACCAGCUCCAGAGAAUAUCAACACGGCAAUAUUCAUCCCAUCGGAGAUCAUGGCAGGAAACUACACGUGUACAUAUACUGCGUAUUUAGACGGACGACGGUUCGCUUCACCAGAGAGCGAGCGAUUGGGAAUCUCUGAGCGGGCAAGCUGGACCAGGGAGCAAACUUCAGGAAUUACAUUGGGGAUUGUCACAGCGUUGGUGAUCACUGUGUUUAUACUGGGAUUCUGCGUGCGUAAGAGAGGUAAACAGAACAGUCGAAUAAUGGAAAGGAAUGUACCCAUGGGAGGCGGCCCACAAAACAGCAGCGUCACAUAUGCAACUGUGAGAAUUGUUCCACGCUCGAUGCCUCCAGCGGACGCUGAAAUCAUCUACGCCAAUUUAGCAAUAGGAAAGAGAAAUGAGGAAGGCCGUGAAGCCGAUGAGGAAGAUGGUGCUGUCUACGCCACAGUCAGAGUUUAGUGCGGUGGCCAAUGGCCAUUAUUUGCUUUCUGUCCUGGCUCUAUCAACCCACCAUCACCUAUAUUCGAUUCCAGCUUUAGUCUGACAUGAACGGGGCUCUCACAUCACGUGUCAUCCUAACCCGGAUGGAGACUGAGUUAGACACUACGGAAGAGGGAGCGAGGGAGAGACGGUUUAAGACUGAGAGACUUCCUGAGAGACUUCGUGAGAGACGGAGUAAGAAUGACAGACUUCCUGAGAGACUUCGUGAGAGACAAAAUUAACGAGAGACUGAAUGAGAGUUAGAGAGACUGAAUUUGUGAGACGUAGAGAGAGAUUGAGAGAGGGACUGAGAAUGGGAGAGAAAAUAAGUGAGCCUGAGAGAGAGUUUGUGGUUGAAUGCGAUUGAGUGAUUAAAUGAGACCGAGUGAGAGACGGAGUAAGAAAGAGAGAGAGAGAGACUGGCUGCAAGAAAGACGGAGUGAGAGAGAAACUGAUUGAGUAAGAUUGAGUGAAACACUGAGUCAGAAACAGUGAGACAGAGGGAAAUAAUAGAAUGAGAUCCUGUGUGUGAGAGGGUGAGAGAUUGAAUGAGAGAGCGUCAGGGAAUGAGAGAGAGAGAGAAGAAUCAAGAUUGGGUGAAGGUGAACGCUGGAAUCAGAAAUGUUAUUGCGUAAUUCAGAGAAUAAUUUAGAAGGGAGAGCACGGAUAGAGUGAAGCAGAGAGAAUAUGAGAA